AGGAGGGUUACAUUGCAGAUGUUUUGGUGGAAACACCAAUCCAGAAAGGAAGAACACUUUUCCAGUCUAUUGUAUGAAUUACAGUGAUCUGAUCACAAAGAUGUCUGAGCAUGAAGACCUCUCUGAAACGUCUGGCCACGGAAACAUCUCUGAGAAUUACUCCUUCAAUCCAGCCAGUGUGAUCGUUUCUGUUGUCUUUUCCCUCAUUUUCUUGCUUGGCACUGUUGGGAAUAGCUUGGUUUUAGCUGUGCUAUUACGGAAUGGACAAAUGGGCCACAACACCACUAAUCUGUUCAUUUUAAACCUCAGUGUUGCCGAUUUCUUCUUCAUCGUCUUUUGUGUGCCAUUUCAAGCCACCAUUUACUCCCUAGAGGGCUGGGUUUUUGGUUCAUUUAUGUGCAAGGCUGUCCACUUCUUUAUUAAUCUAACCAUGUAUGCCAGCAGCUUUACACUGGCAGCCGUCUCAGUUGACAGGUAUUUGGCAAUCCGGUACCCUCUCAGGUCUCGAGAAUUGAGAACCCCAUGUAAUGCAGUGGCAACGAUGGCUGUGAUCUGGGGCCUGUCCUUCAUAUUUGCAGGGCCUUAUCUGAGCUACUAUGACAUUACUGACGUUGACACAGUGAAUGUGUGUAUACCGGGUUGGGAAGAAUGGAGACGCAAAGUCCUGGACACCUGCACCUUUAUAUGUGGCUAUGUUAUUCCAGUUUUGAUUGUAAGCCUCUCUUACACAAGAACAAUAAAAUACCUCUGGACCGCUGUGGACCCUUUGGAUGGAAUGUCGGAAUCAAAGAAAGCAAAGCGCAAGGUGACUAAGAUGAUCAUUAUUGUCACUGUGCUUUUCUGCCUCUGCUGGCUGCCCUACCAUGUUGUGAUACUUUGCUAUCUGUAUGGAGAUUUCCCAUUCAACCAGACCACCUAUGUCUUCAGGUUGUUGUCCCAUUGCAUGGCCUAUGCCAACUCCUGCCUCAACCCAAUUGUCUAUGCACUGGUCUCUAAGCAUUUCCGCAAGGGCUUUAAAAAGGUUUUCCGUUGUAUCCUCAUCAAAAAGGCUAGGAAUAAGGUUCAUGUUAUGCAUGUGGCUAACACAGUGCCUGGCUUUGAAGCAGGAUCCACAGAGGUGUCACACAUGAAUGACGAAAACAGAAGACCGAAUGCCUGUGAGAUGGGCUGCAGACCUCCUACUGUUCCUGAGGACAACACAGUGGCCAUCACCCUGCAGCCCUGACAGAACAUGUGUCUUAGAAAUUUGAAAUACGUGCAAACUGAACUGUGCAGCUGGAAGGUUUAUUUUUUUAACUGUGUCUGAUUACUCCUACCGUAAACAUUGAAAAUGACAAAUGUGCCAUAAUAAUUCUUUCAUUCCAUUUUAUAACCACGGGGCUGUGAAAUGCUAUUCUAUAAGGGUAUGAGUAUUUUAAUUGCAUAGCAACUGUACUGUUGUUAACCUGUGGUUAAGUAUUCUUGUAGGAUUUCUUGUUAUUAAGAUUGUAAAUACGAUUUACUUACAGUACAGUUUAGAGAGAGUAAAUGCAUAGGCUUAACAUUCUUAUCUAAAUGCAAUGCUAAUAGUGAUUAA